CAAAAGGGUCGGACCGAGCAUAAAAGAAUUUUUUUCGAAGAACGGUCCAUUUCCAUUUUCCGGCAGUCUCCCAACUUCAGGAUCUUAUUUGCAGAGUGGAAAUUAAUUACGUCAACGUGCCCUAGAACUUGGAGAAGAAUCGUUGACGAAGGAAAUGGCGUUGAGUGCGACAGUAAUCGGAGCUCUUCUAGGACUGGGCACUCAGAUGUAUUCAAACGCUCUUCGUAAGCUUCCUUACAUGCGUCAUCCUUGGGAGCAUGUACUGGGAAUGGGAUUGGGUGCUGUUUUUGUAAAUCAGCUGGUGAAAUGGGAUGCCAAGCUUCAAGAAGACCUUGAUAAGAUGCUUGAAAAGGCUAAAGCUGCCAAUGAGCGACGCUAUAUGGAUGAAGAUGAGUAGCUGUUCGAUGCAGACAGGACACAGGCUGUGUGGUUUGGAUGUGCAAAUGAUUAGAAUGAAUCUUUCCAAGUUUUGGUUCGUUUUGUUUUACUAAUUUUCAUCCUGUUCGAAUAAAUGUAUGUAGAAGCUUUUUUUAAUUGCGUAUAUUUUUUAGUUGCAUAUUCUAUAAUAAUGGGAGCACCUUCACUUGUUGGUUUUCUAAAAUACUAUUAUUUUUGAGAAAGAAAAAGACGAGAAACUCUUGUGUUGGCA